AUGCUGAUGGAGGGUAUUGGUCACUCUCUACAGCGCGAAUGUAUCUCAAUUCAUGUGGGCCAAGCUGGGGCUCAGAUCGGCAAUGCAUGCUGGGAGCUGUAUUGCUUGGAACAUGGAAUCCAGCCAGAUGGACAGAAGCCCUCUGACAAAACAAUUGGAGGAGGAGAUGAUUCCUUCAACACCUUUUUCAGUGAGACUGGGGCAGGAAAGCACGUUCCCAGAGCGAUCUUUGUCGACCUGGAACCUACUGUCAUCGAUGAGGUGCGCUCAGGAACCUACCGUCAGCUAUUCCACCCUGAGCAGCUGAUUACAGGAAAAGAGGAUGCUGCCAAUAACUAUGCUCGAGGGCAUUACACCAUCGGCAAGGAGAUCAUUGACCUGGUCCUGGACCGGACUCGUAAACUGGCUGAUCAGUGCACUGGUCUGCAAGGAUUUCUAAUCUUCCACAGCUUUGGGGGAGGCACUGGCUCAGGUUUCACCUCCCUGCUGAUGGAAAGACUUUCUGUUGAUUAUGGCAAAAAGUCUAAGCUUGAGUUUGCCGUCUACCCAGCCCCCCAGAUUUCCACAGCAGUGGUGGAGCCUUACAACUCCAUCUUGACCACUCACACCACCCUGGAGCACUCCGACUGUGCCUUCAUGGUGGACAACGAGGCCAUCUACGACAUCUGCCGCAGGAACCUCGAUAUUGAGCGUCCGUCCUACACCAACCUCAACCGGCUCAUCAGCCAGAUUGUGUCUUCAAUCACAGCCUCACUCCGUUUUGACGGAGCCCUGAACGUUGACCUGACAGAGUUCCAGACCAACUUGGUGCCAUACCCUCGUAUCCACUUCCCCCUGGCCACCUACGCCCCCGUCAUCUCCGCUGAGAAAGCUUACCAUGAGCAGCUGUCAGUCGCCGACAUCACCAACACCUGCUUUGAGCCAGCCAAUCAGAUGGUGAAGUGUGAUCCCCGUCAUGGUAAAUACAUGGCCUGCUGUCUGCUGUAUCGUGGUGAUGUGGUGCCCAAAGACGUCAACUCUGCCAUCGCAGCCAUCAAGACCAAAAGCAGCAUCCAGUUUGUGGACUGGUGCCCCACAGGCUUCAAGGUUGGCAUCAACUAUCAGCCUCCGACUGCGGUUCCUGGUGGAGACCUGGCCAAGGUGCAGAGGGCCGUGUGCAUGCUGAGCAACACCACCGCCAUCGCCGAGGCCUGGGCCCGUCUCGACCACAAGUUUGACCUCAUGUACGCCAAGAGGGCCUUUGUCCACUGGUAUGUUGGGGAGGGAAUGGAAGAGGGGGAGUUCUCAGAGGCCAGAGAAGACCUGGCUGCCCUGGAGAAGGAUUAUGAAGAGGUGGGUGCUGAUGACAUGGCAGAGGAGGAUGAUGGAGAAGAAUAUUGACCUUUGCCAAAGUAGAUUGAUUUACAGUAUAUACCUAUUUUCAAAAUUGGUCACUUGGUGUUUGUAGUCAAGUCAAACCUGUUGAUAAAUCCCUAAUAUUAGCCAAUCAUACGAUUCUGUGAUACCCAUUCUCCUUAUCUCUCUUAUUCUCCUGACAAACCCUAUCCAAAAUAUUAUCUAAACGUCUUAAUAUCGGUGAAAGGGUGUAAACACAAGUAUUACAUUUAAUAGAAUUGUUUCUCAUGGUACUGUGCUGACAAAGCGUAUUAAAAUAAAAUCUGACAUAUCUUGUUUCGGGCCUUUUUAUUACUGCAGUUUCACAAUGAGAGACUUAGACCAAACCCUCCCAUUUGUGCACCUCCCCCCACUAUCCCUCUACAUGUGGAAUGUAAGUUAUGAAAGAGCGUCAGUCUCUUUAUGCUAUUCAGCUGUGACUUUGUGAGAGCAAGAGACAGAGAAUAACUGACUAACUCACUGACUGGUGUUGUUUGUGUAGCUCAUACCCAGAGAGGGGCCUGCAGGAACAAUAGGAUCCCAGUUACUGUGUGAGUAAUAUCUCUGUGAUCCUGAGAGCGCUGCUGAAAAGUUGUACAAACGAGAAAUAGAAAACUGGCCUUGACAUUCCUCAGAAUUUUUUUUUUCUCUUGUGUAUUUUGAAUGAACUGUUUUAACUGUUCCUCCAGAUCACCAUUUUCUUAUCCCACCAU